UAUUAUCAUCACUCUCUCUCUCUCAUCAUGUUCCCUCGCUCUUAGCUAGAUAUAAAUUCGUAGGAGAGAGAGAAAAAUCUUUCAAUUCAGAAGAGAAAAAUCGCAUUCGAGAGAAAAUUGAAGGGUUUUUCGGAAUCCCGAGGUCAAAUCUAGCUUCAAUUCUAGGGUGAGAAGAACAAUACCUGUUGUUGUUGUUGAUUCUUGAAUCGAAUUGAGGGGGAAAAGCAAAAGAAAGAAAGAGAGAGAGAGAGAGAGAGAUACCCAGAUAGCUAAUUAGGGUUUAGAGCGAAAAAGGUGAAGUGGGUUUGCUCAAAGUUGGGAUUUUGGGUUGUUGUUGUUGUGGUGGUGGUGGUGGUGAGUGAAAGAGAAAGAUGACGGAUGUGAUGCUGCAUAUAUACGAUGUGACGAAUAGCGGAUCUGAGAAAACCAACAGCACCAUUGUUCAGAUCAACAAGAUCUUCAAGGAUGGGAUUGGUCUUGGUGGCAUUUUUCACAGUGCUGUUCAGGUUUAUGGGGAGGAGGAAUGGUCUUUUGGAUAUUGUGAGCAAGGCACUGGAGUAUUUAGUUGCCCUUCUGGAAAAAAUCCAAUGUAUACAUAUCGUGAGUGCAUUAUUCUUGGGAAAACAAGCUUUUCCAUUUUCAAGGUAAAUCAAAUUUUAAGAGAACUUAGUAGAGAGUGGCCCGGAAGUUCGUAUGAUCUAUUGUCCAAAAACUGCAACCACUUCUGUGAUGAAUUCUGUGAGAGGCUUGGUGUACCAAAACUUCCAGGUUGGGUUAAUAGGUUUGCCAAUGCUGGUGAUACAGCUAUGGAAGUGGCUGGAAAUACUGCAUUACGGUUCCGGCAAGCCAAAACAGAGAUUGUAUCAGCAAGCAAAGUCGCAUACAGGUUCCUCGUAGGUGUUACUAAUAAUGUUAAAACUGGCCCAGAGUCCCCUAACAAUUCAAACAGAGGAGGAGGAUCCCCUAGAUUUCAAGCUUCUUGGUUGAAAAACAUUAUUACUAAUGGUGCUAAACCAUCUACUAGUUCAGAAGGUGAGAGUCAGAAUGGGGUUGUGCCACUACAACACACACGAGAAGAUGAUGACAACAAGGCUCUGCUGCGUAGUUCAUCUUCACAUGAUAGUUGAGUGAGUCUUGGUUGAAAGCAUAGUUCUUCUGUGUAUUGUAAUGUGUAAGUCAAAAAUCAGAAACAAUUUUUUUCAUAUUCAUUGUGUAGCAAAUGUAAAAUUUUCAGCUCUUGUUCAACACCAAUCUUAUUGGUGCCUCGUAAGACUUUAUCAUUUAAAGGUAACUGUGAUGUUUGCUCUUUCCUCUCUCAA